UCUCCUUUCAAACUUGGAUCAUAAGUGCCUACCAAAUAGAAAUGGCAGCGAUUUCAGCUUUGCAGGCUUAUGGAAGUGACGAAAGUGAUGGAGAUAUUAGUGAUAAGGAGUCCAAUUCUGAAGAUGCGACGGCACAUCUCAGACCACUUGAGAAGGAUCGGACCAUUAAAUCUUUGCAAGUGAAAUUACAAUUGAACGCAGCACCAACGGUGGACGAAACAAGUGACUUUGGAAGCAACCCCUACCACCAGCCACUAGACCCAUUAACAAAGACUGUGUCUUAUAAUCCUCAGUAUGAUCAGAUGUACAAGCCACAAGCAGGACCUGUGAAUCCAUUCAAGACACAACAACAGACCGCUGCCAAGAACACUCUAUCUGGCUAUGUAGAACCAGCCCAUCUCAAUCCUUUCCAUUUUGAGAACCAAAGAAGGACAUUCUCGAGCUAUGGUUUUGCUGUUGAUCCCAGUGUUGAUACAGGUGGAAAGCACAUUGUCUCAAACAAAGAGGGCACCAAGCCUGAAGAAGGUAAGACAGUCUUUGAGAAGGUUGAAUUGAGGGAAGGGGACAAGCGGAAGAGGGUGAAGAACAAAGAUGCCGCAGACAUAGAGGGCUUUGAGGGUCCGUGGGGUAAAUAUCAGGAUGAGAAGACAGUAGCUAAACCAUCAGAGGAAGAGCAGACAGAGUUAGAUGAGAUUCUCGCUAAGAGAGCUAAGAGAGGCAAGAUGAUGGAUGAUAAACCAGCCGAAGAGAAGACUACACUACACAUCAAAGAUGCCUACGACUACCAGGGUCGAUCCUACCUUCACAUACCCCAAGACCUGGACGUCGAUCUCAGGUCUGAGCUGCCUCCAGACAAGUGCUAUCUCCCCAAGAAGACCAUUCACCAAUGGACUGGUCACACUAAAGGUGUGGCGGCCAUCAGGCUCUUGCCAGUCUCUGGACAUCUUCUUAUCUCCUGUGGCAUGGACAGCAAAAUCAAGCUAUGGGAGGUAUAUAACCAGAGGAGGUUAGUGAGAACGUUCUCAGGUCACAAACAGGCAGUCAGGGAUGUUUGCUUUAACAACGAUGGGACCAAGUUCCUUAGCGCUGCUUAUGAUCGCUACAUCAAGCUCUGGGACACAGAAACAGGACAAUGUAUUGAGAAGUUUACAAGUCGUAAGGUUCCGUAUUGCGUGAAGUUCAACCCAGAGGAAGACAAACAACACAUCUUUGUUGCUGGCAUGUCAGACAAAAAAAUAGUUCAGUGGGACAUUAGAAGCAAUGAGAUUGUUCAGGAAUACGACCGUCACUUGGGUGCUGUCAACACCAUCACGUUCGUCGAUAAUAACAAACGUUUUGUGACGACAUCCGACGACAAGAGUUUGAGGGUGUGGGAAUGGGACAUACCUGUAGAUUUCAAGUACAUUGCAGACCCUAGCAUGCACAGUAUGCCGAGUGUUUCACUAAGUCAUAAUGGGAAGUGGCUGGGUUGCCAGGCGAUGGAUAACCAGAUCGUCAUCUACAGCGCCAUCAAUAGGUUCCGACAGAACAGGAAAAAGAUCUUCAAAGGUCACAUGGUGGCUGGCUAUGCUUGCCAGAUGGACUUUGCCCCCGACAUGAGUUACAUUGUAUCUGGAGAUGCUGACGGAAAAUUGAAUGUGUGGGACUGGAAGACCACGAAACUGUACACCAAGUUGAAGGCACAUGACGGCGUUUGCAUCGGCUGUUUAUGGCACCCUCAUGAAACGUCAAAAGUUAUAACGUGUGGAUGGGAUGGACUUAUAAAACUCUGGGACUGAGACUGUUGUAUGUGUGCUCAGUGGACUUGAUGUAUCUUAUGAAAACCAACUUUAUAGUGAGUACAUGGGACUGAGUAGGAAACCUUGGUGACCGUUUGGGCUGCGAAAAGUGUGGGAUCCUGGAUGCUCAUUUGAAAGUAUCGCAGUAUCACAUAGACGAACAUGGCCAUGUACAUGUACGUGCUGUUGAGAACUCGAUGGAUGACAUGAAUGGGUCAAAUGCUUCCCGUCUGCCUGUUCGCAGUUGGUUAAUGAUGAGAACGAACUGAAUAAAUGAGACCACAGUUGAAUCUUAGGAGCAUGCAAGCCUUGUAGUCUGAUACCCAUCUAGGGUCGUUCAUGAAAGGGCUUGUCAGGCGAUUUAUCCAUCAGUUAAAAUAGGAACUGCAUCUCAGCUAAUCAAAAUUAAGGAAAAGUUGUCAGGCCUAACAACUUGUCGGACAAAAAUGUUGACGAUGAAGCUCUCCCCAGAUCUCUCACACCACUCCAUUUUUCAAAGUACAAUAAAAUUCCAACCUCUCUGGGUCAUUCUUUAAACCUUAAAAAUUCAUUAAAGAUAAUUUUCUUCACUAUUACACCGUGGGGGGAAAGAACAGAGUAAACAUAAGAAACAUAAAAUGUGCACAAAAAUUUGACAUUUUCAUUCGGUCUCCCAUAGUUUUAUUUUAGUUAGACAAUUGCCUAAUUGAAGUAGACAUCAAAAUACAAAAUACAUGCCUGUAUGUCUUAGAUUUUCAUGUGUAAAUGUGAUGGGCUACAUGAAGAAAUCUUUUGAUCUUGCCUACUUUAGGUUGGAAAUUUCCUCAAGUGAAUAGAUGAUGUACAUCAAUCUUUUCCAUAGCCCUUUUCAAUUGAAACCAUGUGAUCAAAAGCACAUUAAUCAACAUAAUUAUAAAAGAAUAGAAAUUCAUAUUCAAGACAAGUUCUGUAUUUCAAUAUGAUUGUUCAACGCUGCCCUCAAUUUAGCAGGCUUGUUCUUAUUGUUACCUAGGCCUGGUAUCAUAAAGAAUACAAUCAAUUAAAAAAAAUACAAAAAAACAGGCAUAAUUGUUAGUCUCUGGUAAAUAAAAAUGUCGCGAUCAGUUGCAAAUGUUAAUCAGAUUCCUCUUUUUUGUUACAGGUCACAGGUUAACAUGGCAAGCACAAUUCUGUUUACACUGUCAAACAAUCGGGUUGUUAUAUACCUAUGUGUGUGUUAUGUAAUAUCUAUGUAUCAUAGACUUGUGAAAUUAUAGCCUACAGUGUAAUCUAGGUGGCGACUGCAGCUAUUUUGCCAUUUCAAGCCUGAUGUGGCGAGACUACAUGUACUAACAGCGGCUGCAUAGUCUCGCUGAACCAGACUUGUAACAGCAAACACAAAAGCUGUAGCCUCAACCGAGAGUGUAGGCUAGCAAAAUAAUAGAUCAGUAUUUUAUUACAUUUCAAAAUAUCAAAUUUGAGCUGCAAUCGUUAAUGAACUUUCUUUUUUGAUUAGUGAUUUGAAAGGUCACUCGGUGAUUUUCCAAGAACAGUGCUGGUAAUGAUAAGUUACGUGUUGGGAGUGGUGUCAAUAUUAACCCAACACAAACACCUCCUUUUAACACCAAAAUUUAAACUCACAAGGUGUUUUGAUCGAAUGGAUACAUCAUCAGGCUCUUCAUUCAAAUCCUAACACUGCCCUACCAUUGUUUUACAAGGCAUGAAUCUAUAUUUUCCACUCUCCACCCGGGUGAAAAAUGGAUAUCGACAGGAGAGAAUUCCCUGACUGCUGAGGAGUGAGGGCAAGAAUCAAACAAGAGUAUAUGGGAGUGCAUUAAGCACCUUCUGUGGUGGACAUAUGUAUACUUCAUAGAUAACCCAAAUUGUAUAUUAAUUCAAAGUUUUGGUUAGCUUUCAUAUCAGCUCUUCAAAAUGAUCAUAUCUAUUUUCAACACAAAGUUUUUACUGGCAAGUUAUACAUUAGAGGUGGUUUCCCGGGGGGGCCACUUACAUUGACGAAUGGAUACCAUGCGCGACCAAAAAAACACGUAAAAAGGAUGUCUUUUUCAAGAUAGGGCACGUUACGUACGUAACGUGAUAAGGGUGUAAAAAACACAAAAAUAAUGAAAAAAGGGUAUCUAUUUCGCUAGGAAAGCUACAUGUUUAGGGUCAAAUUUGCGGGGAUGAUAAAACAAAAUUAAAAUGUUUUAUAAAGGAUGUCCUUUUUGCCCCAACACUACCUGUUUAGAGUCCGAUUUGCGCAAGGUGUGGAAGGUGGGGCCGAAUGGUGUGUAAAGGUAAAACUGACGACCGACGGACCCGUGACAUAGACCCCUGUUACAUCUGAGAGAUUCCCUACCUCGGGCCGGCCCGGGGCCUACCUCGGGUCGGAAAGAAAUCAGAUGUAAACAUCCCAAACCUACCUCGGGCCACCUUUUAGCGAACCUACCCGAGACCACAUCAAGAGGUAGUCUCGGGUAGGUAUCGGGCCGGCCCCGGUCCACCGAUUCGUAGAUGUAAACGCACACAAGCUUUCAAACCUAUCUCGGUCCGUUCGCCAGCUGUCAAAUUACGUCAAAGCGCGCGCUAUCCCCUCCCCAGCCCCGUCGUUCUUCGAAUGUUUUGCGGCUUUUGACAUGUGAAUUGUGAUUGAUAAAGUCUUUGAUUUUAGUGGAAAGAAGGAAGCACUUUAAACGUAUUCUUUUCAAAUCGAUCAUAUCUUCAACGACUGCUGGGAUCAUCAGCAUGCUUCCAGAAUAACGAAAUGUAAACAACUUCAAUUAGCGCGCGCAAAUUAUUCAGAGCCUAGAUCGAGAGUGCCCUUUGGUGUCAGCAAUCGGAUACCGCUCGAAACCGUACCGAUAGGGGAGGGAAUGAACGCUGUGAUGUAAACAGACCACAUUUCGGACUCGGUCCGUUCGCGAAGCUAAUCCACCAAUAAUCCAGUCAAGGUUGCAAGUGGACUCGGUCGGGUCUCGGGUAGGAAACUUUCAGAUGUAACAGGGGCCAUAAUAAAAUAUCGCUGUACUUGUUUAGGGGUUCAUUUCAGGGAAUACUUGCCAAGAGUAUCGUUUUGUUUCCAAUACUUGUUAAGGGUAGGGUUUCACACGCCAAUACUUGUUAAGGGGUGCAUUUUCAGAGUAUGGAAAAUACGUGUUUAGGGUGCUUUUUGAGACCCCAUGGUCGCGCAUGGUAUCCACUCGUCAAUGGAAAUGGCCCCCCCCCCCCCCCCCGGCCCCCGGUAUGGUUUACUGAAUUUCUGAACAGGGAGUGAUACCAUGUGCGAAUACUGAGGUGAUGAUAAUUGUACAAUAUUUUUUAAUAAAUACAAUAUGUUUUUACUAUGGAA